AUGUGGAUGUUAAUUUUUAUAAGUGCUGUUAUAAAUGCUGCAAUCGGUGAUGUGAUUCCUCAAGAUGUGGUUUUUAAUAAGUGUUGUUUGAAAAACCAAAGUUUAUUACGAGUAACAGAUUCUGAAGAUGCCGAAAGUUUUUAUAAGUGUGUAGAUCGUGACAUUGCAUUCACGAAUUAUAGCACAUCCAUAACUCCACUUAUCCUCGGGAACAAUGUAGCGGUCAAAUAUGGUAUUCCAGAAGAUUGUAAUGAACUGCAAUCUGUAAUGAUGAGUUUGUCAACAUUAGGCGAUCAAGUUAAAGCAACAUUUAAUGAAAACUGUUAUGACAGACUUGAGUUAGAAGUUGUCAAUACCACAUUAAAACCAUACAUUCCCAAAGUAGUAGCAUUAAGAUGCAUUAAAAAUGACACUACAAAGACUUCUGAAAUUAAUUUUAUUAAUCGACUACGUAAAUGUUGUCCAAGAGGACAAAGUUAUGAUCCAAAUUUCUAUAUAUGUAGAAAAGUGUACACAGAUAGUACAGAGGAAUGGCUCUUGAACCGAUUGGAUCUAGAUAAUAUUUAUGAAGUUGAUCAUGGACUAGGCUGCAAAGCCGAUGAAUACGACGUGGAAAUAAAAGAAAAGUUUUUUUCGAUGGCCAUAGAAGGAAGUACUUUGAACGUUAAAAGAAGGACAGAAAACGACAAUGACCAGAUUCUUUCAGGGCAGUGGUGCAUAGACCGAGAUUACAAUACCGAGGAUCUCGUGGCUCGUAUUUGUACUCGCGAUUGUUCCAAGUAUGGAGCGUAUUGUUUAAGAAAGUGCUGUCCUGUAGGCCAACAUUUUAGACCACGGCGCUGUGGAUCGUUUGCUAGCGUAUGCGUUCCUACUGAGGACGAUGUAAUGUUCGAUUUAACAGAUUAUUUAGAACCUUUGCAACAUCAGAAGAGUGACAUAGCAGAUGUCAUGGGUCUUCGAACGGGAUUGGAUUGCAGUGCUGGUCGUGUCGUGCUGAACAAGUCGUGGCCGAGAGAUCGACAUGAGUUGGAUCUGUCGGGUCGCCUCAUCUCACCCAUUGCAGUUGGCCAUGUUUAUUGCUUAGAGGCGUUUGAUAUGCAACGAUGUAAUAAUAGUGUAAUGGUUACUGCUGUGAAUUGUUUCAUUAAAUCUCCGGACAAGAACUUUCAGGUGUCAUUUAUCGCGAAAGGCGCGAUCGUUGAGUUUGCGAUGCAUACAGCCAUAAUAUGCAUCACCAUCGCGUGCCUGGCUCUGACGCUUGUGGUGUAUCUAUCUUUGCCAGAACUCCGAAACUUGCACGGUCGCACUCUGAUUUGUCAUGUGAGCACGAUGCUACUGGCGUUCAGCUGCCUUGCUCGAGUUCAGUAUGACCGUGUGCAAGAUCAAACUUUCUGCACAUUACUUGGGUAUGGAAUAUACUUCGGGUUCGUCGCAGCGUUCGCCUGGCUCAACGUCAUGUGCUUCGACAUCUGGUGGACAUUUGGGAGCAUUCGCAGCGUGCAGCCCAUGCGGAAAGGAAACUCCGAGAUGCGUCGCUUUAUAUGGUAUUCUGUCUAUGCGUGGUUCAGCUCUGCACUGCUAACAUUAACGAUGUUCCUCUUCGACAAGUAUCCCGUCUCCAUUCAUCUGGAUGCUGAUAUUGGAGUAGGCGCAUGCUGGUUCAGCUCUAUUCAAAAUACCCAGACGGAUGUACCGCAUUACGUAUUCUUUGUGAUUCCCAUGGGGUUGGUGACCUGUACUAACUUUGUACUUUGGGUGUUGACGGCUCGACAUUGUGCCCGAGUGAAGUCUGAGGUGCAUCGUCUGCAGGCAGGCUCAGUGGGUGACCGGGCAAAGAAGCGGUUUCGUGUUGAUAGAGCCAAGUACAUGUUGACUGGUAAACUAUGGGUGGUUAUGGGAGCUGGCUGGAUUACCGAGUUAUUGUCGACCAUAGUGACAGAGCCUAAGUGGUUUUGGAUGAUCAUCGAUUUUGUUAAUUCACUUCAAGGAGUUUUUAUUUUCAUAAUACUCGUAAUGAAGCCGAAACUCUACUAUCUUAUCAGAAAAAGACUGGGACUAGAGAACCCCGACGCGCAGAAAAAUGGUACAUCCUCGUCAUCAGCGCGGACAUCGUCUACCAUCCUGUCACGCGCGCUUAGUACCGAGGACCGAGACCGCGUGCGACUCUCCAUUCAGAAUAACGUGAAACUGUCUUAA